UGCGGCGGCGGGCGGGCGCUGAGGGGCCGGCGGCUGCAGGAUGGAGGCGAUCUGGCUGUACCAGUUCCGCCUGAUCGUCAUCGGCGACUCCACCGUGGGCAAGUCCUGCCUCAUCCGCCGCUUCACCGAGGGGCGCUUCGCCCAGAUCUCCGACCCCACCGUGGGCGUGGAUUUCUUCUCCAGGCUGGUGGAGAUCGAGCCUGGCAAGAGGAUCAAGCUGCAGAUCUGGGACACGGCCGGGCAGGAGCGGUUCCGGUCCAUCACCAGAGCCUACUACAGGAACUCGGUGGGAGGACUCCUCCUCUUUGACAUUACAAACCGCAGGUCCUUCCAGAACGUCCACGAGUGGCUGGAGGAGACCAAGGUGCACGUCCAGCCCUACCAGAUUGUCUUUGUUUUGGUGGGUCACAAGUGUGACCUCGACACGCAGCGGCAAGUGACCCGGCACGAGGCGGAGAAACUGGCAGCUGCUUAUGGUAUGAAGUACAUUGAGACCUCCGCUCGGGAUGCCAUUAACGUGGAGAAGGCCUUCACUGACCUGACUCGGGACAUUUACGAGCUGGUUAAAAGGGGGGACAUUUCAAUCCAGGAGGGAUGGGAAGGGGUAAAGAGCGGGUUUGUCCCAAACGUAGUGCACUCCUCAGAAGAAGUGGUGAAGUCAGAUAGGCGGUGCUUGUGCUGAGCUCCUCUAGUGAGGCGAGUGGUGAUGAACUCUACUAACCAAACGUACUUUACUAAGCGAACUCGGUGUGACAGAGGGGAGAGCAACACUCCCGUUGGGAACAGCCUCCCACAUUGUUUUGGACACCAGAACAGAGCCCGGAAAGAAAUGUUCUGUUCCAAAUAACCUUUCAGAACUGGGGGCUAUAAACCUGAAGCAGAGUGAGUGGAGGGUGCAUGUAGAUGUUGUAAGGAGACAGGAGGCAGAAAUGAAGGGCUGCACAAGACAGGAGAGAGUAUACAGAGAGCUGAAUGGGCUAGCACAUGCCAGGGUACUGUAAAUGUCCUCUUUUUAGUAAAUCCGUAGCUCCCUGUUGGGUGCUGAAGCCACAGGAUGGAUACUUUGGUAGUAUGACAAAUAGGCAGAACGAGAGAAGGCGAGAGGACAUCUUUGUUUGUGUCAGCUGUUUAUUACCACCAGGAAGGUGUAAAGGCAGAUACCAUUUCCUCAUAAGGUCAGUUCCACAGGCAAAGUUUACUGACAUGGUAUGCACACAUCUGAGUUUCCUUUCUUAUGUUCUUGAGCCUAGUUCGAUAGCAAAGAAUAUUCUGUGGGAUUUAAUAAAGGAACACUGUAGUUAUGUGAUUGGUUAUUUAAAUUUAAAUUAUCCCCCUCCUCAAUAGUGCUUUUCUUGCUGUGCUGAACCAGGAACCUAAGUGACAACUCCUGCUGCUGUAGUGAUUAUUCAGUGCAUUUUUUUACGCAUUUACUGCCUGGGUGAGUACCUUGAAAGUACCCAGAUUCAGGGCUUUCCAGUAGAAUUAAGUGAUCAAGAGCAUAAAGAGAGAACCAUGUCCUCAGGUGUUGGAUCUUAAGGCCAGGGCAUUGCAGCCUGGGGUGGGACACACCAAUGUUUCUGUCUUGCUGACAGCUCUGUGCUGACCAGGUCACAGGGAGGAAUGGGAAGGAGGGAGGAAAGAAAACAAACCCAACAAAAUAAAAAACUUGAAAAGCUUAACUCAGGUGCAUCAGACAUUCUAAAAGGUGAGAUAUGCUUUUAAAGAAGUCAAAUAGCAUGGCAAGCAACAGCUUCCAUCUGCACUUUCUGCUGUUGAAGUGUCAUUUUCUUUUUUGGCCUCUGUGGAAGAGAACUGGCACUGGGAAGGCAGAACACACAGCAGGAGUGUCUGAGCAGGUGGAAAAGAAAGCCACAAACAUGCUCAAGAGUAAAAUUUGUUUUCCUCCACGUUUUAGUUUGACAAAAGAGGAUCUAUCUAUCUCAGGUUGGCCAUCCUGGGAUGGCAGCCACGUUACAAAAGCUGGAUGAAGGAGGAUGUUUUCUGGGAAUGCCAUUCACCACUUAGAAGCUUUGCUUCGGCCAAGUUUUAGCUCAAGCUUUUGAAGUGCAGCAGGGUGACUGUGCUCCUGUAGCAAACUAGGGAAAGUUCAGCCUAUUGAGCAAACAAACAAAACUGUAGUGACUUUUUUACUUGUGUUUGCAAGCUUUAUACACCAAACUGCAGUGGCCAAGAGGAGGGGGUUAGGUAAAAACCACAGGAAGCAUCUAGUGUUUGAUUUUAGGCCUCUGAGUAGAGAAGAAUGAAAUACUUAUUCCAGCUUUUUAAUUUAGCCCAUCUAUAGAAGUGUGGGUCUUGAUUGCUGUUGAGUUCAGAUUGUUUCUGCCUUUGAACUUGUUCUCACAGUUUGCAGCAGCACAUGGACGGGUCCGUCUUGACUAAAAAACCUGUGGUUUCUGUACUGAAGCUGAAAAAACCCAAACCCAACCCAACAACCCAAACCCUGAACACUUUUAUUUUCAGUGUUCAAGGAACAAUUUCAGUUCCUGGGGAGGAACCUUCUG